AGCCAAAAAAAAGAUAGUAUAAUAUAUAUUACAAAUUGCCAACUAUCUAGUUAGGGCAAAUUUAUCGGAGAGAGAUUAAAAAAAACAUACGUAAUGUCUAGAGAAAAAGAAGAAGGGAUUCAUGGUGAAGAAUGGAAGGUACAAAUCCCACCGGGCUUCAGGUUUUGUCCCACUGACGUAGAGAUACUACAACAUUAUCUUCUUAGUCAUGUGACCGGACAGUUUAUCCUGCCCGGAAUAAUACGUGAAGUCGACGUCUACGAAAGUAACCCUUAUCACCUUCCAGGAAUUGAUACGAAUGGGGAGUAUACGUACUUCUUCACGGAGAGAGGACGAAAAUAUGUGAAUGGAUCAAAGACUGCUAGGGUUACAAGAGACAAAAAAGGACAUUGGAAAUCAACAAGUAAAUUAACUCAAGUAUUCGCUCAAGAUCCCUCCAACUUGUACUUGGGUAAAAAGAACACACUUGUUUACUAUGUUAAAGCACCAGGUGAUCAAAAUGAUAUCAAGACAAAUUGGAUUAUGCAUGAGUUUGUAAUUGCUAACAACCUGGUCUCUCCCUCAACAUCAUCUGCCCUACCUCAAAACGAUCACUACAAUGAUGUCGUAGCCUGCAGAAUUUAUGAGAAGCCGGAAAGUAAUAAGAACAGACAAGAAACCCAAGAGAUAAAGACGUUGAUAAAUUCUUUGAUUGGACCCAAUCCCAAUCCCAAUCCCGUCACGACUAAUGAUAGCAAUGGAGAAGCACAACCAUCAAUAGAGCGAGAAAUCGAGCCCAAUACAGAAACCCUAAUAUUCCCGUGUGAUCACCCACAUUAUACAGCGAAUUAUCUAUGUGAUAGUCAGGAAUUACAAGCUGCAGCAAUAUUGGGUAAUAUGAUAACCAAUUACGAGAUUGGCCAAUCGUCAAACACUACUAUUUCGUCAUCACCUCAUGAUGAUAUUGUGGUGCCUGGGGGUUCCAGUGAUCAGGCCUCGACGACUGUUUACCAAAAUCCCAGUGAUCAGGCAUCGGUGAAAACUCAAGAAAAUAGUCCUGAUCUUGGAGAACUAAUUAGUGGUGGUGAUCUAUGGGACAUACUCAACAUGCCGCCGCCAGAUGAGUCAUUCAGCGCCUACAUGAAAUUACUUGGAGAUUCAUGAAGAACUAAAGGUAUAUAAGUACUGCAGAAGCCAGGAGGAUGUAUAUAGUCUGUUCUCUGUUGUUGUGUUUUUCAUAAUUAGGCUUUGUCAUCAAUUUUGUAGAGUAAUUGCUUUUUGUAAGAACUACGUGUUCUCGAAUAUUAAUCCUAAUAAGCUUCU